AAAUGAAGAACUGUGGCGAUAUUUCUGAUUCCCAGAUCACUGCUGUACAGUCACUACUGCUCAGUGGUAACACCACUUAUGGUAAUCCUUUAAAGUGGAAUGUGCAGACUCUGAAGCAGCUGAGCAUCCUGCCUCUCUAUUUCAAAUCAGACUUCUGGGGACAGAUCAGCUCUGAUCUAAAAAAGACGUUUCUGAAGACAUUCAUGCCAUUCCUGAGGAAUCAAAAGACCCCAAUACAGAAACAGAGGAAUUUAUUUACAGAAUGCAACUCCAAAGUGUCCAAAGUCCGUCGUGCUGCAGUAUGCACCACUGGCACCAUCACACCUGUGACAAUUGCAGACGCAUCAUUUCCUGUGGGAUAUGACUCCACUCAGUUUGAUUUGUGUUUGAAUAUCACUGUCCUGCAAGACAACCUGGCAGCCAUCACUGAGAAAGUGGUGGACACCAGUUUGCAGACCGUCAUUCUAAACAAGUUAAACCAGAUCUACCCAUCAGGCCUAAAUGAUAGUGUGCUACAGCUACUGGGCCCCACAUCUCAUGUGGCAACUAUUGAUGACAUCAGAAAGUGGAACAUUACCAUAAUCGACACACUGUCCUCUUUGAUGAACUCAGAUAAUGGAAACUGGGCACCAGAGAUGAGUAAAGCAGUGAUUACAAGGUAUCUGAGCGUAGCUAAUCACACUCUGGGCACUACUGAAAUAAAUGCAGUUGGUUCCAGCAUCUGUUCUUUGGAUGUCAAUGUACUGGAAAAUAUCACUGCUGAGAGCUUGAAGAAUGCAAACACUCUGGAUCUGUCCUCAUGUUCCAUUCAACAGAAAUCUGCUCUGUACAUCAUCAGCAACUCCUCAUUCAGUGGACAACGCAGUACUGCCAGAAUAUAUUACCAGCUCAUCAGCCCUUACCUGGGUGGUGCACCUGUGCAAGAUAUACAAUCUCUUUCUACCAAGAAUGUCAGCAUGGACAUCACCACCUUCAUGAAUCUAAACCCUGCUGUUAUCAUGGCCUUAAAUGUAAGCACAGUGCAAGGUCUGCUUCAGGUGAAUUUGCCUGAUCUGAAGCUGUUUGAGAACUCCUCAGUGGUUCAGUCCUGGGUGGCUCAGCAGUACCAAUCGGAGUUGAACACCCUGAACAUUGGCCUGACUGGGGGCAAAAUCCCCCCUGUGACAACUCAAUCAACAAUCACUACUGUCAUCACCAGCCAGACAAACCAAACGACUUCUGCCAAUACCACAGCUCAGGCAUCAGGUGCACCUAUGUUUCAUGCUGGAACAUGGUUCGUCCUUCUGUGUGUAGGACUCCUGACUAUCACACACACUCUUCACAGAACAUAACUUCAGCUUUUAUCUAUUAUCACAAAUUUUUAUAAUCAUAUCAAAUUGCCGUUAUUCACCAUGUAUCUGUUGUUUCAGUACUGGCAGUGGAAUAUAUUAAUAUAUUUUCACAUAUUUAAAUUAUUAUUAUUAUAGAGUUUAUUACCAACAUUCUUGUAAUACAAUUUCUGUAGAUGGUUGAUUAAGAUAUUUCUCUAUGUUUGAGCAUAUUUGGUCUAUUAUUUUGAAUACAAAUGUUGGGGUAUAAUUAAUCUCAUUUUUAGUCACUUUUAAAAUCUUUAAAUAAUUAAUCUCUUGAAUAAUCUAUUGGUAAUAAUCUUUAUUUCUUUCAAUACAGUGUCAAUAUAUGUAUAUAUGUUGUAAUCAAUGCAUAGUAAAAUUAUUUUCAACUUCAAAAUCACAAUUAGCCUUUGUUCUAUUUGUGAAUAUAAUUAUAGUUUAUUUUCUAAAAUAUGUUACAAUAUUCUGUGUCAUUAUUAGGUCUAGUAAAGUUUCUUCUUUUUACCAAACUAAAUUUGCAGUUUAUAAUUUUAUUUCUUUUAUGUCCUUGUGUGUGCGGAGUUUGCAUGCUCUUCCAGUGGGAUAAGCAGUAUAGAAAAUGGAUGGAUGGAGGUUUAACCACAAGGUGAUUCAAGGAAAAUUAUAUUAAUGCAAUUUAUUUUGCUCAGUUUGCGCAGUAUUUCCACAUAACUGACCCCAACUUCCUACCAAGCUUGGAUAGGAACAGUUUUCAGAUAUUUCAGAUGACUGUGGGUUCUUAUAUGUUGGUCUAAUGUUGAGAUUGGUUUCCCGAAGCCCAUGUCCUGUGUGUCGGAAUUACAUGACUCUUGAUUCUGGUUUUUAGUAAUGGUAUUUAGUUAUAACUUCUGACUCAGGUUUAGGCUUGGGCUUAGGGUUGUGGUUGGACUUGGGGUUCGGAUUGGGCUUGCGAUUUGGCUUGGGUUUGGGCUUAGGGUUGGGCUUGGUCUUAGGGUUUCAGAAAGUUUUAGAAUUUUAGGGUUUUGAGAGGUUUAGGGUUUGGGGGAUUCGGAGUUUGUUCAGAUUAUAAUUAGGCUGUAAUUAGUUUAGGUUAUAAUUUUGAUAAGGUAGGAUUUAGGUUACAAUUUACACUGUUUAUUCACUUAUUUCUAUAGAUUAGGUAAGAUUUGGAACGGGUUAUGAUUCGGUCUAUAGUUAGGUUAAAAUCAGGUCAGGUUAUGAUUAUGAUAGCGUUAUAGUUAUCAUACAGUUCAGAUUAGGUUUUUUAAU